GACACACAGAAGCUCACUUGCUUUCUCUUUCAUUGCUCUAUAUCCUGUCUUUUACUGACAGGACACUAGUUGUUUUGCGGACUUUCUUUGUAUUUUCGUGUGUGACUCACCUGCGAGGUUAAACAGAGACUUUACCUUCUUUCCCAUCACCCUCUUGGAUCUUCUGUUUCCUCCUGUUGGGAUUUUCCUUCUUUUUUCCCGCCUGAUUGCCUGCUCUCUUGUGUGCAUAUCACAUCCAUCCUUUUCCCCCCGCUCUCCUUUUCCUCUUCCUCCUAUCUUCUACUGUUCCCUGUCUCCUUGUGCGUGGUUUUUGGGCUAUGCUCUCCUCACCCACUGUGAUUCUCCAGCCUUAUGGACUGCCUGUCUACCCACAGACAACCACAUGCUACCCCAGCAUAGUUCAGGGAGGCCCCACCCAGGAGGCCGGCCCUGGCAGCAGCGACCCUGCCCUGCCUCAGGUCUAUGCCCCGCCUCCCUCCUACCCUCCGCCAGGUCAAGGUCCGCCAACAUCUGCGGGCAGACUGCCACCUCUUGACUUUAGCUCUGCACAUCCCACUUCAGAGUACCCUGAACAUGCCCAGCUCAGAGUCUACCAGGGCCCUCAGCACGACGGGGGGGCGGAGACUCUGACAUCCAGUACCACGGAGGACGCUUUGGCUCCUGUGACCUCUGACCCCCAGUCUCUGAGUGUGUCAGCGUCAUCAGGGGGUGGGGCAGGAAGUGGAAGUGAGGAGGAGGGGUCAGGUAAGGCCCAGCCAAAACGCCUCCACGUCUCAAACAUCCCGUUCCGCUUCAGAGACCCAGACCUCCGCCAGAUGUUUGGGCAAUUUGGAAAGAUCCUUGAUGUAGAAAUUAUCUUCAAUGAGCGGGGGUCCAAGGGCUUUGGAUUCGUCACCUUCGAGAGUGCAACUGAGGCAGACCGAGCACGAGAGAAGCUGAACGGGACAAUUGUGGAAGGGAGAAAGAUUGAGGUUAAUAAUGCCACUGCAAGAGUAGUGACCAAGAAGCCCCAGACGCCUCUUGUGAACGGUGAAAUUUCAACAGCUUCUGGAUGGAAGAUCAAUCCUGUCAUGGGAGCAAUGUACGCACCUGAGCUCUACACAGUGGCCAGUUUCCCAUACCCUGUAGCGACUCCCACCUUGGCCUACCGGGGCUCUGCUCUGCGCGGUCGAGGUCGAGCCGUCUACAACACGAUUCGCUCGGCUGCUGCCACACCGGCUGCUGUGCCCGCCUACCCCGGGGUUGUGUAUCAGGAUGGCCUGUACGGAGCAGAGGUCUAUGGUGGCUAUCCAGCAGCUUAUAGAGUGGCUCAAUCAGCAUCUGCUGCCACAGCGACCUACAGUGAUGGAUACGGACGGGUUUACGCCACAGCUGCAGACCCCUAUCACCACUCAGUUGGACCAACAACGACAUAUGGAGUUGGUACAAUGGCCAGUUUGUACAGAGGGGGAUACAACCGCUUCACCCCAUACUGAGUCACCCAGCAAGGGGUGGAGGGGAAAGUGUCUCUCUGGAACUCUGGGAUUGGCUGAUCCAUGGACGCUGCAGGACAGGUUAUGAGAUCCUUAAACUCUGGAAAAAUGAUUUUACCUCCUGUCUCCAUCACAACCUCUCCUCGAGAGACUAAACAGACUGAAGCUGUAAAUACUGUAGGACCCAUUUGCUGUCCAUUCUACAGAAGAAUACGUAUGUAAUAUAUUCAGACAGUUGCUUAAAGCCUUUUGUGGAUUCUUGUUUUCUGAAUUUAAAGAGUAUUAAUGUGGGCUAACAGUACAGAAGGGGUAGCUGGUGAAAAAUACUGUGAGAAAGUUUUUUUUUGUGAUUCAUAUCUGGGAUUUUUCAAGUUUUCACGGGUCAAACUGUACAAAAAAAGAACGUUUUGUACAAUGUUCAAUGACUUAUUUUCAGUGACAAUUAUUUACUAAACCUGUGUUUGAGUGUGUUGGCGUGUGUGUGUGUGUGUGUGUGUGUGUGUGUGGGUGUGUGUGUGCGCGUGUGUGAGCAUAUGAGUGAGGUAAUGCAUCAAUAUUGUACCCAGAGACAGCUGUGACACUGGUAUCAUCAUUACAAACACAGGGCUAAUGUUUGUCUGGAUGUAGUUGGAAUUUCAUUUGUUUUUGUUUUUUUGUUUUUUGUUUUUGCCAGUUCUAACAAUCUACCUCUCAUACAUUUUUAGCUUUUCAUACAGCUGUCAUUAUUGAUCCUGUGUUGUUUUCUGUAUUUUUUAAGUCUGCUGAGCUUUCUCUUCCUGUCCAUAAAUCCUAACUAACACUGACUAGUUUCUGUUUCUGUGGCUCUGUACCUCACUACCCGAUGAGCCUGACGCCUAUAUCCAGUGCUCUCUGUUAUUUUUAUUUUUCUGUGAAAGAGUUCUUCUGCUCAUACUCACACGGGGGGGGGGGGGGAUUUCACUGAGCUGCUUUAAACCCUGUUUUAUUCACAUAGGUAAGCACAGUUAAGACGCAGUCUUUUGCUGCUGGCUUUACUACACAAACUGAGGAUUACAGGCCUUGCUUAAACGCCCCCCCCCCCCCA